AGAGGAAGAAGAAGAAGGAGGAGGAGGAAGAGGAGGAGGGGGCCCAGACGCGCGGCUCACCCUCCGCGGCCACCAUGGGAGACACCGCCGCCGCGCUCCGGGCCGGCGGCAGGGGGCUCCCCGACCCGUGGGCGGACUCGGUGGGCGUGCGGCCCCGCACUACCGAGCGCCACGUCGCGGUGCACCGGCGGCUCGUGCUGGCCUUCGCCGUGUCCAUCGUGGCACUGCUCGCGGUCACCAUGCUCGCGGUGCUGCUCAGCCUGCGCUUCGACGAGUGCGGUGCCAGCGCCUUGCCCGGCGCCGACGGGGCUCCCGCCAGCUUUCCCGAGGGCGGCGGCAACGCAAGCCUCCCGGGGCCGGCCCGGCGCGACCCUCACGCAGGUGGGGACGCCCUGCAGCCCGAGGCGGGCGGGGUGGGCACCCCGGAAACCCCGUCUGCCCCACCGCCGUCGGAGGAGGAGCUGGAGCAGCGGCCCCCCUGGACGCAGCUGCGCCUCUCCGGCCACCUCAAGCCGCUGCACUACAAUCUGAUGCUCACCGCCUUCAUGGAGAACUUCACCUUCUCCGGGGAGGUCAACGUGGAGAUCGCGUGCCGGAACGCCACCCGCUACGUCGUGCUGCACGCCUCCCGGGUGGCGGUGGAGAAGGUGCAGGUGGCCGAGGACCGCGCGGCCGGGGCUGUCCCGGUGGCCGGUUUCUUCCUCUACCCGCAGACCCAGGUUCUGGUUGUGGUGCUCAAUAGGACCCUGGACGCGCAGCGGAAUUACAACCUGAAGAUCAUCUACAACGCCCUCAUUGAGAACGAGCUUCUGGGCUUCUUCCGCAGCUCCUACGUGCUCCACGGGGAGAGAAGAUUCCUUGGUGUGACGCAGUUUUCGCCUAUUCAUGCCAGAAAGGCAUUUCCAUGUUUUGAUGAGCCAAUCUACAAGGCCACUUUCAAAAUCAGCAUCAAGCACCAAGCAACCUAUUUAUCUCUGUCCAACAUGCCAGUGGAGACUUCUGUGUUUGAGGAAGAUGGAUGGGUAACAGAUCACUUUUCACAGACUCCUCUCAUGUCCACAUAUUAUUUAGCCUGGGCGAUUUGCAACUUCACAUACCGAGAAACUACUACCAAGAGUGGGGUUGUAGUCCGAUUAUAUGCAAGACCUGAUGCUAUCAGAAGAGGAUCUGGGGACUAUGCUCUUCAUAUUACAAAGAGAUUAAUAGAAUUUUAUGAAGACUACUUUAAAGUGCCCUAUUCCUUGCCAAAACUAGAUCUUUUAGCUGUGCCUAAGCAUCCGUAUGCUGCUAUGGAGAACUGGGGACUAAGUAUUUUUGUGGAACAAAGAAUACUGCUGGAUCCCAGUGUUUCAUCUAUUUCUUAUUUGCUGGAUGUCACCAUGGUCAUUGUCCAUGAGAUAUGUCACCAGUGGUUCGGUGACCUUGUGACUCCAGUGUGGUGGGAAGAUGUGUGGCUGAAGGAGGGAUUUGCUCACUACUUUGAAUUUGUGGGCACGGACUACCUCUAUCCUGGCUGGAACAUGGAAAAGCAGAGGUUUCUGACAGAUGUUCUACAUGAAGUGAUGCUGCUGGACGGAUUGGCCAGCUCCCACCCAGUGUCCCAGGAAGUGCUACAAGCAACAGACAUCGACAGGGUCUUUGACUGGAUUGCAUACAAAAAGGGCGCUGCUCUAAUUAGAAUGCUGGCUAAUUUUAUGGGCCAUUCAGUUUUUCAGAGGGGUUUGCAAGAUUAUUUAACCAUUCAUAAGUAUGGCAAUGCAGCCAGAAAUGAUCUCUGGAAUACAUUAUCAGAGGCUUUAAAAAGGGAUGGAAAAUAUGUAAAUAUACAGGAAGUAAUGGAUCAGUGGACGCUGCAGAUGGGUUACCCCGUUAUCACCAUCUUGGGAAAUAUGACAACAGAAAACAGAGUAAUAAUUACCCAACAACAUUUUAUUUAUGACAUCAGUGCUAAAACUAAAGCCCUGGAACUUCGAAAUCACAGUUACCUGUGGCAGAUUCCAUUGACUAUUGUGGUGGGAAAUAGAACCCAUGUGUCUUCAGAAGCAAUUAUUUGGGUGUCUAACAAAUCAGAGCAUCACAGGAUAACUUAUCUGGACAAAGGAAGCUGGCUUCUGGGGAACAUCAAUCAAACAGGCUACUUUAGAGUCAACUAUGACCUCAGGAAUUGGAGAUUAUUAAUUGAUCAGUUAAUCAGGAACCAUGAGGUUCUUUCUGUCAGUAACCGUGCAGGUUUGAUCGACGACGCUUUCAGCCUGGCCAGGGCCGGUUAUUUGCCUCAGAAUAUUCCCCUGGAGAUUAUCAGAUACUUGUCUGAGGAGAAGGAUUUUCUUCCUUGGCAUGCUGCCAGCCGGGCUCUUUAUCCUCUAGAUAAGUUACUGGACCGCAUGGAAAACUACAAUGUCUUCAAUGAAUACAUAUUAAAACAAGUUGCGACAACGUACAUCAAGCUCGGAUGGCCAAAGAAUGAUUUUAAUGGAUCUCUUGUUCAAGCUUCCUACCAACAUGAGGAACUCCGCAGAGAAGUGAUCAUGCUGGCCUGCAGUUUUGGCAACAAGCACUGUCAUCAGCAGGCGUCCACUCUUAUUUCAGAUUGGAUUUCCAGCAACAGGAAUAGAAUACCGCUAAAUGUUAGAGACAUCGUCUACUGCACAGGAGUAUCGCUGUUGGAUGAGGAUGUGUGGGAAUUCCUCUGGAUGAAAUUCCACUCCACCACAGCAAUUUCUGAAAAGAAAAUAUUGUUGGAGGCCUUAACGUGCAGUGAUGACAGGAAUUUAUUAAACAGGCUUCUAAAUCUGUCCCUGAAUUCAGAGGUUGUGCUGGAUCAAGAUGCAAUUGAUGUCAUAAUUCACGUAGCUCGAAAUCCUCAUGGCCGAGAUCUUGCCUGGAAGUUUUUCCGAGAUAAAUGGAAGAUAUUAAAUACCAGGUAUGGAGAAGCAUUAUUUAUGAAUUCCAAACUUAUCAGUGGAGUUACAGAAUUUCUUAAUACUGAAGGCGAACUCAAAGAGCUAAAGAACUUCAUGAAGAACUAUGAUGGGGUCGCUGCUGCCUCCUUCACACGAGCUGUGGAAACCGUCGAAGCCAACGUACGCUGGAAAACGCUCUAUCAAGAUGAGCUUUUCCAGUGGCUGGGAAAAGCACUAAGACACUGAUACACGUCUUUUGUAAACAUUUACACUCAGAAUUUUGUGCGAGGCGCGGCUUUACAUGGAAUGAGGAAAGUGGCCAGGUUUUCGGUGUUAACAUGUGGGAGGAAUUCUUUUUCUUUUCUUCUUUUUUUUUUUUUUUUGUUUUGGGAGAUACUUGUUUCAUUCAUUCUGUCUCAUUUCUCUAUGAAGUGUUCUCUAAAGAAACCCUUGCAAGCAAAACUUGCUGCGGUUGCUCCAGCUGUACAUUCCUUGCUGUACAGGACCAAUAUGGUAGUGGUGCAUGUCAAUGUUGCAGUCAGUUUGGAAAAACAUAUUCAGAAUAUUCUGUGCAUGGAUGUAUGGUCCUGCCUGUGUUCCAGCAUGCUUAUUUAAAAUGUCCAAUGUUUUAUGUGAAUAUAUGUUACACCUGAAAUGGGCAUUAUACAGAAGCACAAAGGUUAUUGAUGACAAUCAGUGUUGCAAUGAAGGAAAAAUGGAAAAAAAAAUUUACUCUCAGUCUUGAGCAAUGGAGGGAUGAAUUAGCUCUGUCAGUGAUCAUUGUUAUUUAUUUCAGCACUUGGAUUGUCUGGCAAUGAUUACUGGGUCAAUAACUCACUUUCUUUGAGUUAAAGCUGUGGAUACACUUAACGGUAUAUAGAUAGUGUAUACAUAUGUACAUAGGGGCUGCCAUAUGUAUAUAGGAUGCUGUACACUAUACAUGUGUGGAAAAUCUCUUCAGAUCAAAGAAAAUUUAUCUCCUUUUUAUAAAUGAAUGGACAUUUG